CCGCCUAACUUUGCGGGAAAUGUGAAUUCAGGAUAACAGAACGCGGAAAAAUACAUGUCCUAGAUAAUCAUGGUGAUGCAUGUGGAGCUGCAGGCAACUUGUAGUGCCCUCGGGUAUCAGGAAGGCAAAUCCUACGUGAAAGAACCAGACUGUCUUGAGACUGUCAAAGAUUUGAUUCGGUUCCUGAAGCGUGAAGACGAGACAUGUGACAUACGCCGUCAGCUAGGUCACGCCCAGAUUGUACAGAAUGAUCUUCUGCCUAUACUUGUACAGUAUAGCAAAGAGGAAACUCUUUGGGAAACCGUUAUAAGGUUAUUGGUGAAUCUAACCCAGCCAGCAGUUCUGUGUUUCAACGGUCAGAUUCCAGAAGAUAAGACCCUGAGGAACUACUUUCUUGAAGUGGAGUCACAUUUACAGUCAAUAAAAGAGGCAUUUGUAAAUGAGGAGGUUUUUGCAGUUAUCACUGGCAAACUUGGGGACCUUUUAAAGCUGGACUGGGAACAUCGACAUGAGGAGCAUCGCUUACUGAUAGAGCGUCUUCUGAUACUGAUCCGAAAUAUACUACAUGUUCCGACCAACCCUGAUGAUGAAAUGAGGACAGAUGAUGAUGCUAGCAUUCAUGAUCAAGUUCUUUGGGCUCUGCAUGUGAGUGGUUUAGAAGACAUUCUUCUAUACAUAGCCAGCUCAGAAGAGGAGAGAAACCUAUCCAUGCAUAUACUUGAAAUUGUCUCCCUUAUGUUCAGAGAACAGACAGCAGAUAUGCUGGCAGCAGCUGGAGUACAGAGAUCUGUCAGUGAGAAAGUAAAAGAUGAAAGAGAGUUGGAGAUGGUGAGAGAACAGGAGAAGUUGCAGAAGAAAGCUAACCAAAUGAAGUUUAGCUCGAGACAUUCACGAUUUGGAGGGACGUAUGUUGUGAAGAACUUCAAGUCAAUCAGUGAUAAUGACCUGAUAUACCAUAAACAACAAGGAGACGUCUCGAAGAUAAACCUAGACACAAACAAGAAGCCGAAAAAGAAACCGAAGAAUCGGAAACCUAUAAUAGAUAGAGAAGUGAAGAGAAGGUCCACACUCAGCAUACGUCUGGGGUUGAAGGAGUUCUGUAUACAGUUCUUGGAGAAUUGUUACAAUCCUUUGAUGUAUGCAGUGAAGGACAUUCUGAAUAGAGAGAAGUCACAAGAACAUGAUGAGACUUACUAUCUCUGGGCAAUGCGUUUUUUCAUGGAAUUCUGUAGGCUACACAGUGGUCAAGUGGAUCUUGUCAGUGAGACAAUGUCGGUACAAGCAUUCCACUACAUUCAAGUACAGCUGUUCCAAUACUAUGAGAUGCAGCAGAUGGAGAAAAAGGAAGCCAUUGUUUGGGGCAAAAGAACACAUCUAGCACUGAAGGCCUACCAGGAGUUACUGUUAACACUGGACUCUAUGGAUAAAUCUGGAAAUACCACACUGAUGGAGAGCUCUAAAGUCAUCAAAAGUAACAUAUUCUACAUGAUGGAGUUUCGAGAUAUAUUCCUGACAUUACUGAGGCAUUUUGAUCAGAAUAGACAGUCUAGGUCGUAUUUGAAAGAUCUCAUAGAGACAACCCACCUGUUCCUGAAAAUGCUGGAGAACUUCUCAAAGAAGACUGGUCAUCUUGUGGUACAGAAGAAAAAGAAGAAGACAGGAGGAAGGAAAAAGAAGCCUAGAAAUCAAGAAAAUACAGGUCAUGUUGAACCUAGUGAGCAGGAACUGGAAGAUUUAUGGGACGAGAUUUCAAGCGAGUUGUCGGCCAUUUUCCAGGGACGUAGCGAUAUUCCAGAUGAUGUAGCUCCGUUUGACGCAGCAUCAGAAAUAGAUGUGGACCAACAAAGAGUGGAUGCUAUGAUUCGUAUCCAAGACUGCAUGAGGGAGAAGAAAGCAGGGGAGGCUGUAGCAAUUUUCAGAGCAGCUAGGGAAGUAUGGCCAGACCGCAAUGAGUUUGGUUCUGCAGACAUAGCUCCUGAAGACGAGUUCAUGGCCUUGAGGGAAAUAUUUAUGACCAGUUUACCAAGGCCAACUGCAGAGAUUCCAGGUAUACCUGAGGAAGGCAUGGAAGAAAUAGAAGGUAAGGACAUUGAGGAAGAAGAGGAGACUGUUACCAUGGAAAUGUCUGAACAGGAGUUUGUUUUUAGAGACUUUGUUGUCAAGUUUGCCAAGCCGGAGAUAUUGAAGGCAUAUGUCUUACUUACAGCAGACUUUCAGAAAAAUUCUACACACACAAAUCAUUGCUGUAUAAAAAUGUUGCAUCGUGUUGCCUUCGAUCUCGGCUAUGUUGGAAUGCUGUUUCAAAUUUCUCUGUUCCGAGUUUUCCAGAAAAUUAUGCUUACUCCACUUGCAAAGGCCCAGCGAUACAAGGAAAUAAGUAAAUUUGCAGCAUACAUAGUUCGAAGAUUUGUGGAGGUAGCAGAAAACAACAAGAAGGUUUUCAUGGAACUGCUGUUCUGGAAAACUAGUAAAGAUUCUAUAGAACUGGUGGAGGGAUAUGGCUCAUACCAGAGUAAAGGUAAAGUUCUAUGGACGGAAGAUGCUGAAAUGGAAGUCCGCAGAUUAUUUGAGGAUUACAGGGAAAAUGAAGAGGACAAGGACACGGUAGAUUGUAUCAUGGAGAGAAUCACCGACCCCUCUAAAACAAGGGGUCAGAUCAUCAGGGAACUCAAACGGCAGGAACUCAUUGAAAGUGCAAAGGAUUUGAAGAAACCAAAAAGUGGAACACGGGCUGGACCUUGGAGAGAAGAGGAUGAGCUUGAACUACGAGAAUUGUUCGAUAGAUUUAAAGAUUCCGAUGACCCAGUUGGUGCCAUUAUACCAGAGAUGUGUAAGAAACGGAGUCGUCCAAAGAUAAUGGAGAAACUUUUGAGUAUGGGGCUUGUAUCGGACCGGAAGGAGUUGUACAAGAAAAGGGGCAAAUCAGGGGCCAGGUCCCGCAGCAGACGGAACAUGUCUGACAAUGAAAGUGGAGAUGAAGGUCUACGAGAAUUACCAUCAGACUAUGAGGAUGAUGUAGGUCACAGAUCUCGAGACAGUAGUGAUGUAAGCAGUGUAAGUAGCAGUAGUUCCGACUCUGACAGCGGGGAUGACAGAGGUGAAGAUGCUGUCAAUACCAAUAAUAGAUCAGCCGAGUCAGCAGAAAAUAUGUCAGAUAUAAUCAAAGCCCUGGUUGAUAAAGGUUAUAAGGACCAAUUAGCUUGGAUACAAAGGGGACUGAAUCGUACAGCUGGUGAUAGGGAAGAAGAAGAUGAGGAUGUAGGUGUGCCUAUUGUACCACUGACUGAGGAGAACGAGACGGCCAUGGAGGACGAGGUGUUCCUGUCCUUUCUUUCUAAAAUUGGAAUGGCUGCUCCAGCAAAUGAACAGGAAGCGUUUUGGAGGAUUCCAGCCGGUUUAAGUCCCGCAGAGCUCCGCAAUAUUGCUUCUGGUUUGACGUUAGAUGAAAAUGACGAACCUGUCAAUGCAGACAGAAUUAAAAUAAAGAAAGUGGAAAUGAAAAAGAAAGAAAAGAAGAGAAAGGAACCCAAACAGAAGAAAAAUGCCAGCAAGUUUGCUGCGUUGAAAGAAUUAGUAAAAAAGAAAGCUGAAGCAAAGAAAACAAAAAGGGUCAGAAAGAAGCAUGAUUCAGGGGAGACUGGUUCACAAAAUGAAGGAAUAAAGUCACCUGUGAGAGACAGUAAUGCUGAGAACCAGACUAGAAAUUCUUCAAGUAAAAAGAAGAGAGUGAAACAGAUGGCAGAUUCCGACAGUGACAGUGUAGAAGAUAUUCCACUUACCAGUCUGAGAUCAGAGCACCAGUCUGCAGGCACAGGAACUCAGUCUGAUGGCGAAGCUGGGACACAGUCACCAGAAAGAAGCAAGUCUGGUUCCCAGUUGUCCCAUUCUUCCCAGAAGAAAAGGAGAUUGAAAAAGGUGGUGUCAUCAGAUAGUGAUAGUGAUGAUGACAUACCACUCAAGAAUUUGGCAACAGAGACACAGUCUGACUCUGACAAGGAGAACCAGUCACAGGAUUCCCAGUGUCAGCCAUUGUUGUUCUUGUCCAGUAGCGACGAAAGUGAUCAGGAAAAUGGUGCUACAAAAAGUCAGGAUACUCCUCCCAGCAAGGCAGCAAGCCAGUCCAGCAAGAGGUCAAGGUCAAGUGAUUCUGAGACAGAGGUCAGCCAGGGUCAAGUCAAGAAGAAGGCAAGACUUGUUGACAGUGACAGCGAGGAUGACCAGCCUUUAUCUUCAGUUGCUGAAGGAACGUUCCCAGCCACUUUGUACACACAGGGGCCUGAGUCAGACUCGGAUCUAGAUGAUCAUGUACCACUGAGAAAAGUUAUACAGAAAAAGAACAUGAUUGAAAGUGAUGAUGAAGAUUGAAAUACUGACUUGAGAAAGAAAUGGAAAUUCUCUGCCUGUAAAACACCAAAAAAUGAGCAUUUGACAGUGAAAAAUUAAGAUAUUUCACAUAGUGUACCUCCAUGUACUUCAGUUGAGGAAUAUGAAUGGCAUAGCCAAAAGGGGAAAAAUCUGGUGCGUGAUUGUGGAAGAGUUUGGUUUUACAUGUGGAACACACAUUAUUAAAAGAAAUUAUAUCUGUUAAGCAGUUUUAACUAAAAUUUAUACAUUUGAUAAGUGACAGGUCAGAAGCACAACAGUUACUACGAUAUUACCAUGUUUGUAUCAAAUAUUUCUAUGCAAGUUUCAGCCUUUUGCGCCACACUUUAGGGGUUGGAGUGUACAGAUAUAUCUUUGUCCUGUCUUGUCUGUCUGUGCAUCACUAAUUUACACUUUGAAUUGCUUAAAAGUAUGUUACCUAAAGAAUCAGCAGUUAGUUCAUGGGGUUUUUGUUCCCGAUUUCACUCAUUUCAUAGCAGAGUAAUGUCCCUUGAAUGAGUUAAAAUGCACAAAAAGAGAAUUUGGCCUAGAGACAAAAAACUUUCAAAAAUGGUAAAGUAGCACCAGCAGACAGAUGGUCUGUGAUUUUAGACUUAUUUCUCUGCUUAAAAAAAUAUAUAGCCUAGAGAUGGACAUUUUUCUGAAAUGUUAUCAGCAUGAAAAGUUGUGCACCUUUGGUUUACAGCAAGGGUACUAUAAAUGGAAAAUAGUCAUAACUGUUUUACAAAAGGCUGUUGUUGAAUUUUAUUUUUGAUCGAUGGCAACUGAUGUAAAAAAAAAUGAAAUUGAUGUUAAACUUUGUUAACUAAAAACUUUGCUGGAAACAGUGCAUUUGUUAAAGUAAUGACAUAGAACUUGGUAAGAAGCAACUUUUCUUACUAAACCUAUGUAGGUGUACUUAAACCAGUUUUCAACCAAAUCAUUUAAGGGUAUGGUUGUAUCAUGUUGAAAUUCAGAGAAGUGUUGGUCUCCUGUGCUCAAUAGUAAGCCUGUGUUGUGUGUUCAACAGCAGUCCUAUGAUAUGUG